AUGAGUAGCAGCGGCACGCGAAGCAAGCACACGCGGUUGCUGCGGCAAGCUAGCGUGCUGCAUGAACUGCAGGAAUCACAGGAAAGAAACUCAUUGGAAAUUCGCUACGCGCGUCUAAUGGCGGAGUUGGCCGCGCUUUGCAGCGACCGGAGUAACGUCAUCACGGCCGAGUCUUUGCAAUUUUUUGCCACCACCGGCCGCGCCGAACCUGUCAAGCUCGAGCGUGCACCAGAGCGUACAGAUACACAGCAGAAACAGACAAGUAGCAAGCAGGAUGACUUGCUGAGCGCUGACGCCGCUCGCCGCCAGCGUGUCGAAGAGUUGACGCGAUUUUUUAUGGAGGCCAAAUCAGAUAUUGAGUUUGCGUUGGGUGGCGGACGCGACUUUCACGAGGCUAAGGAUAAAGAAAAGGAUGUCGAAAGUGAGCGCGACGAGGAUAAAGAAGAUGCUGAUGCUGAGGACGACAUCCAAGAUGACACCGAGGACCCUAUCAAGCGACUGGCCAGGCUGCACUCAAGGCUGCUUAAGGACAAAGUGGACACUAGAGUAUACAAUGUCAUGCUUGGCUCAAUUCGAGAACAAGACCCGGCGUUGUAUGGUGCCAUUCUGUGUCAUCCGCUUGUUUCUGGCGUGGACCCCAAAAAAGACAAGAAGAAGAAAAAAAAGCGAAAGGAUCGAGACCGAAAAGAGAAGCAGUCAUCGCAGUCCAAUAUUGGAGCUGGCAUGCUCACCCCUGAUUUGACGGCUGAACCUUUAACAGAUGAAGAGAUGAAGAUCAACAUCUGUCGCUUCGUUGCUAGAAGUAUUGCAGAUGGAUCGCUGCAGGCACUGAUGCUUGCGGUGAAACUCGUUAUGUCUUUCAUGGAUCAGCAAAAUAAGUCAAACAAGGCGGCCCCACCAACUUUUCAGAUUGCGUCGCAUUUGCGAGUUUUGCGAGGAGAGAAAGCGCCUGAGUAUAAGAUGAAACAAACGGAUUCAACUGCAACUUUUGGAAAGAAAAAAGUCAUGACGCCGACCAAGUUAGAUCAAACCAUGACAGAAGCUAGUGCUUUAGAGGGUGGGGAAGAAAACGUUGGGACAGAGUUAAAAAGCGACGUUUUGGAGAACACAUCGUCUGCAGAAAUGGAUUUGGACUCAGAGAGUGGAUCUAUCGUUAAGCUUCGUGUUCAAAUGAGUCAAUUUGACAAUGAUGGACAAGAUGCAGACGCUGAUGAUGAUGACGCGGAAGAGCGUGGGGAAGGGGAUGAUAAAUUUAGAGAUGAAGGUGUGGAUGAAGAUGCACUGAUGGCCCGUGCAAUCGCUUUGUCUCUCUCCCCCGAAGACCAAAACGCCUCGAUUGAUGCUCCAGCGACUCCAAAGAGUGAGACUGAUUCAGACGGAGCUUCACAAAAUCAAAACUCUCAUUCUGCCGAAAUCAAUUUCCCGGCUAGAUUUUCUGCUAAGGAAUUAUUGCAGCUUGGCCCGUUUAAAGUACCCACUGAACCGUUCAAUGAUAUCGAUGGCGUCGCUGUCGUGAUGACAUUAAUAGCGCAAAUGACUGAUGUGUGCAUGGAGUACUUAAAAUCGUGCCAGCUGGGUAUUUUACCAAACAAAUCACCUGUUCAACCGCAUCCACUGACAUUUAUGCUCUUAAAUUCCCUCUUGAAAGAUCUGCACAAUUCAGUCGUAUCUUAUUCUGGUUGGUCUGCUGAACCUAUCUGGACUGCAAAGUGGAGUUUAUUCUCGUCAUGCUCGGUGCUUUCACUUUUUCGCGUGUUAGAAGUAAAUCUGUUUCACGUUGAAUUGAUGGGGAUUGCCCCAGCAUCUGUUGGUCUUGGACAAAUUAGCAAGCCAAGCGUCUCGCAAAAUGAUGAUAUCGGCGAAGGCGGGAACCCGCUGUUGGAGAGUUUAAAGUCACUAGUUUUAGAUUGUAUCACCGCAGAGAUCCCAUCUCAAUGUGAAGUCGACAAUGAUAUUAUCAGGACUAUAAUUCUCGCAAGUCCAGAUUCUUGCUCUCCCAAUGACGUUCAGAAUGCCGCCGCAUAUUACUCUUCUCGAAUACGCGAACAAGCUAUGGCAGUGUGGAUACGCGCUUUUGCUAUAUUUUACGUCAGCCAGACAGAACGGCAUUCGAUACUGGCAUCAAACUUAAUUGAGUGCCUUAAACUCGCCCGGGAAGGUAAGCAAAACGUGGAAUGGAAAUUUUACCAGCUAGACCUCUUGUGCGCUCGUUUGGCUUUACCCGAUAUGGUACAACAAUUUGUGCCAGCCUGUGUGGAUGCAAUCGAACACGAUGGCAAGGCUGAGCAUAUUCAGAAAAGUGAUAGCGGAAAAGAGUCAAUUCUGAAACUCAUUGAUGAUGGAGUCCUCAUAAAUGCCGCCUCAAGGACUGGAGGUAUUAAAGCGAAGUGGGAUCCUGCUAUUGUUCGUGCUUCACUUGAUGCGGGAUCAUUAAGCUUACGCUGCCUGUACGAUUAUAUUUUCGGGCAUGGUUCGUCUGGUCUUUUGAAUGCCGAUUCGGAAAGUUCUGGUGGUGGUUUAAGCGACAAUGCGUUAAACGCUGAUGCCCUAGCUAAUGCUUACGAUGAUUUGUGGUAUCUCGGUCGCAGGCAGAAGGCUGAAGAGUUGGAAUGUAUUAAUCGCUUGCCCAGUCUUGUUGAUCUAUUACGCGAAAGCGUCUUGUCUGAAGGGUGGCAUAACUUUUCAUUCGAAGACAGCUACGACCUAACGCAUGCUCCGUUGCUACCUCUUCUUGAAAAAGUCGAUAAUUCGCGCCUGCAAGCUUUGAAUUGUCGAAUUGUUCUGCUUCGGUCUCUUCAAGAUCUGAUGAUUCAGCGACUCGGGGGAUCACGAGGUGACGAGCUUCCCGCAUUAGAAUUUGAUCCUUCAAGGUGCGCUGAGACGAUGACUCUUUCGGACGGGAAUCGAACUGCAAAGCAAUACACAGCGAAACAGUGGGGUAUGGUCAUAGCUACGACUGGUUGCCCUCCAAAUACUGGAAUACAUGAGUGGGGCGUUCGUCUUGAUCGCUGUGAAAAGGGACAUAUUUUUCUUGGGGUGUGUACGAGAGAUGCUUCAGUAGCUACAUAUGUUGGUGGCGACCGACAGGGCUGGGGGCUAAUUGGCACUCGAGCGCUCUGGCAUGCCCGAAGUAAAGUUCGCGGCGACUAUGGUGAUGGAUUUACAACGGGCAGUGUUGUACGUGUCCGAUUGAAUACAGAUAGUGGAGCUCUUUCAUUUGGUGUUGGUGAUAGCGAUUGGGGUAUUGCUUUUGAUGGCUUGACACAGCACGGUACUUUGUACCCUGCAAUUGGGUUGUACCAACGAGACGAUCAAGUGACUAUUUUACCUGUCCAACCGUUAGCGGGUACAACGUUUGGUUCAUCUCGAGGCAGUAGCACUAUAAAGCUGACUAAAUUGGCAAUUCCUGCAGUUCUCAAGCCGUUCUUACAUCACGCUGGAACCUUGUUGGAAUCGUGUUGUUCAUUUUUGUCAAGCCCUGUGCUGAAUGAUCUGAACAUUGCUUUAGGUCAGCAACUAAGUCUUACGUCAAGUCAAAAAGCCCAGUAUGCACAAAAGUAUGAAAUGCUGUUAACUUCUCACCCACUACUGUUUAACAUGAUUAUCCCGCUUGUCAGUUCCUUAAGUCUCGUUAAGGACUACCACGGGUUGUGCUCGAUUCUGGCUAUCACGCUUGUGCCAUGGUGUAUUCGCACUGUACAAUGCAUCGAGCAUGUAAAUCAAGCACUUCGAGCGUUGAAAGAAAGCAAUGACGACACCUCCUUCGGUAACCUUGUGCUUAGCGUUGCUGGAGAAUGGGAAUUGAAGAGUAUGGCUGCAGGCAAUAUUCCGGCUCAGCAAUACCAUCUUACGCUCAGUCAAGGCAAAGAUGGAUCAAUGCAAGGGCGCAGCAGCGGUUCGUUUACCAGUGUGACAUUGAAUGGAAUCGCUCGAGGAACAAAAGUGUCUUUUAUAGAAACUUGGCGCCAAGGAGGGACCUGCUUGGUUGAAGGACGUUUACGUGCUGAUGGCACCGUAUUUACAGGCAGUUACGAAGACACCAAGAGUCAUACAAGUGGCUGUAUUGUAGGAAACAAAAUUUUGCCAGAAAGCAAGGAUACGAACGGCAGUCAAAUGGUGAGCAAUAGCUUAGUUAUAUUAGAAAUGGUGAUUUCCAAUUUACUGGGCUACUUCAGUCAUGCGUUGAUCAGUCUGGAAAACGACGAUCUGCUUGCCAAAAAUAUGGGUGCAAGUGCGUUAAGCGCAAAUGAGACAGUCGAGAGGGAAAUAGACGAAGGUGAUGACGCAGACUUGUCUAGGUUCUUGUCCUCCGAAUGCUCACAUAAUGAAUACGAUGAGUGGGUGAACAGUAGCUUGCUUGAGGGUGGACUACCACGAAACAAUGUUCAAACUCAUUUAAUGAAUGCGCUUGAUCGAUGUGCCGAUAUUUCUGGCUUAGGGCCUGCCGCGGUGGAUCGAUUACUGCCUGUUCUUUCUAAAGCCACUGAGAAGUGGAAGCGAUUUGUGUUACCCAUGACGUUUUUUGACUCUGUCAGCAGCGUCGACAACAUGGGGGCUCAGGUGAAUAGCUUUUUUCUAAGGGAAUUUAUUGAAAAUCGCGGUGAAGUGGUGUCGUUAGAUCGGUGGGUUUUGAAGCACGUUGGUGAGUCACCUUUUGUGCGGCUUGGGGGGGAGCCUAUGAAAGUUACUCGACGAACUGUCUGUGCUGCCAUGAUAUGGCAUAGUGGUUCUUUGGAGUUCGUUAAAAAAUGUAUUGAUAACGCGCAGAGUCUUUUUGCCGAAGGUGAUGUCCGACCACAUGACAACUUGAUGCAUAUUUGGCGGGCGGCUCAGAGAGUAAUCGAGUGGGCAAUUCGGGCAAAAAAGUCGAUGGGGUCUUCUUACACUGUUGUUGCCGAACUAGUUAUCCAAAAAGCCCAGUUUUUGCUCCAGGUUGAGCCCAGCGCCAAAGCUCUUGCAGCUGCUGAGGCCGUAUUCGCACUGACAACAGGGGACAUGGGUGUUCCGAAAAUAAAAGCUAAAGCCGCAGUGUAUGAAUGCGCUGAGCGCAUCUACAGCGACACAUUGGUCCAAGUAGCUCGGUUCGUGGAAGCUCCUAUUCGCAUAGCAGUGCUGCAGUCGAAGAUGCUAGAAAAUUGCUCUGCUGCUUUUUUUCGGACAAUUGGAAUGCUAUCCUUUAGAUAUUUUGUCGGUGACUCGAGUAAUACUCACCGUGGAGUCCUAUCUCCGGAACGUCACGAAAUCAUUCGGUCUUCAUUCGCUUUAAGUAGCGCAUUGCAGUGGCUGUCCCCUAUAAUGGCUGACCCAAAGACUAAUUGUGGUCGUGCCGCGCCUUUGGACAAGGAAUUCGGCGAUUUUAGUUCUAUUUUAACAGCAUCAGCCCAGACUAAUUCAAUGGAUUUAUCUUACUACUUGAGUGGCCUCGGUGGUUGCGGAAAGCACUUGAGAAAUGACUUAAGGACCUCUUUUGAGUCAUUGUAUGGAUACCUUAGUGCGACAUUGUCUAAGGCUACUUGGGCUCACGACACUGAUUUGCAAUUGGUUAUCCUGCUAGCAUGGGGAAUUAUCAUUCAGCCAGAUGAUCACUCAUUUUUAUCACGCGUCGGGAUUUUUAGAGUGCUGCAAACGGUAUUAGACGAAGCUCGUGGAUCUAGUGAUGCGAACUUGACUGAAACUUCGGGUAGCCUGCCGCUUGAUUCGAUAAAUGAUUCGGUUUUUAAUGCUGAGAACAAAAAAAAGAUAGUCCAGGCUGCAUUGAAAGUAGUACAUUUGCUGGCUGCGCAAGUUGCUCAUGUCAGCGAUACAGAUGGUCUGAUUAGCUCAUCUGACCUUCCGUCGUCGUCUGGUCUCAGUUUAGGAUCGAUCCCGUUGUUGCGCAAACCCUCUGGUCCAGAGACAUUGGGCAAAUCCGUUUUUCAUAUGCUGUACACAGAAUUAAAAAACUCGCUGGAAGACAUGCGACGGAAUCGAGAAAAGUUGACAUUUGAAGCCACUUCUACAGCGUUUGUAACUGAUCCUACACAGUCGAGUGAUUCGGGCUUGUCAAAAGAGUCGGUGGCUUCUGGAAUUAGUAUGGACGAUGCUCAAGAGUAUUGCUACCAAAUCUGCUCGCUCUUGUACUCGGUGAGCGGUUCGCCUGUCUGCAGGUCGCAUCUAUCAUCUUCUCGGUGGCUUCGACUACUACUUGCCCUCGUAGAUGUGGAUUCACCUCAGAUACAACGACGGAUUCUUAAACUCCUUCGUCGCCUCUUGCCGUCCCUUGACCCUACCUCACUCAAAGUUCGCUAUGACGAACUCGAAAGUUUUGACAUGGAUAGUGACGACGAACUUGAUGGUGAAGUGCAAGGUGAACAAGAUCAUGCAUCCACAUUGAUCAGCUUUUUUGUAGGAAUCGUGGGUCUGAUUAGCCCACCAAGCGUCGCAAAGGUAAUGCUUCACCGGCUCGCUAGCGUAGGCACUUCGAAAUGUGUCGACGCCACAAGGCCGGAAGAAAAUUUUGGCUUUUUUGGUGGGGUGCUCGCUGCAGAAGUUGUUCUGCUCCUUCGUUCGUUAUAUGAGUCAGAUAAGUGGGCUGAUUAUCUAAAUCGCGCGAUCUCUGAAGCACUUGCCUCCGUCCCGCUUUUGUGUGUCACAGAACACGACACAGAGGGAGCAAAUACUGCCGAUUCCGAUAUCGAAAUGGAAGACGUGUCAAGGGAGAUUCCGUCACUCGAAAGUUGGUCGGCCCAAAUCAAGAAUUAUGAACGAGCCUUGUCUGCACUCUGUAUACUUGAUGGUCACAUUGAAGGUCUCCACGUCGGCGGGACAGUUAAAAUUAUGCCUCGGGCUGGCUCUACAUUGCAAGAGAUUGCAUUUCGAGGAGCUAGAGGUGUGAUUGUUGCGUACGAGCCGGAGAAGUCAGCAGCCGAGGUAUUGCUGCGUGAGAAUCGCACCGAUGAGACUAGCAGCCAGCAAUUUAAUCUUCCUACUCGCUCCGUCACGACACGCCCAAUUCGCGUGCCUAUCGAUGAUUUGUUUGUAGUCCCAGAGGUUGAGCUGUCAGCCGAUGUGUUUUCUGACGAGGUUUUGCGGUCCUUGCUUGUUGAACGAUUCCCCUACUUCAUGGUGGAAGUGGAAAAGAGCCUUAAGGAGGUGAGCAUCGUCGAUGCUCUUAGCGGAGACGACGAAGGAGGUGGAAACGAUGGAGAUAGUGAGGAUGACGAUGACAUGUCCAAUGAUGGAUCUUCAUCGCCAUCAGCAAUGGACAGCGAAAUGCCUAGUGGCGCUGGUGCUGAUGAGUCCGACUCGGAGGUCAAUAUAUCACCCUGUCACCAAAAUGGUGGUACUGAAUCCACGUGUGCCUCCGAGCCUACCGACAUUUUGGCGGAAAUGGAGAAGGAGUCACGCCUUUACCGAAUGCUGCUUUGUCAGCAUGGCUUACGUGCUUCUGCCACAUUGCUCAGAAACGAAAAUUGCGCUACGAUAUUCAUACGAGGUGUUGGUCCCAAAGGUCUUAAGGACUUACUAGCUGUAGCUGUUUCCGAGAUGCCUACAACGGCAGGCGUCGGCGAUAUCUCCUCGCUUGAAGAAAGCUGGCUUAUGCUGUGGUCUCGUUGGUAUGCGAUACGAAGUGCGCACGCAGCACCAUCCCCUCUUUCUCACGUCAGAAGAGGAAGUAACAAGACAAGUGAUAUCUUGGAUACCUCGAAUUCUUCGGGCGCGAUUGUACAACAAAUGAUGGAAAUGGGAUUUCCUAAGGAAUGGUGUGAUGUUGCUCUAGCUCGCUGUUCUCAGAAUGUUGAAGCUGCGAUAAACUUUUGUUUUGAGCACAGCAGUGAUAUGGAGCGUCUUGUCACGGAGUACCGUUCAAGUCGUUCUAGUGGAGACGGAAGCUCAAAAUUCUCACGAAAAGACGACUUUGAAGCCAUAAGUCCUUUGCUGGAACAGCUAUCUGAGAUGGGAUUUCCUUUCAACUGGUGCAAAAAAGCACUUGCUGCAAACAGGAACAAUGUCGAUGCGGCUCUGACGUGGAUUCUGUCCAACGGCGAGGCUUUGGAAACGGAGGAUAGGCGAGAUGAAGAGAUUAAAUUGCGUGGUUCAGGUGAGGAUGAUACAGAGGGAAAUGCUCCACGUACAAGCACAACUGCUCUAGAAGGUGAAAAUCACGAGCUUAUGCCUAACCCACUUCGAGCUGUAAGUGGCCAGGCCUGCAUUGGAGAGCACGACUUAAUGGUAGAAGGUCUCGUUGGUGGUGGCUUUGCUAGUGUUGGUGCACCCGAUUGUCUCGUUUCAAAUGGCCGGUGGUACUAUGAAGCUAUCCUUCACACCAACGGCUGUAUUCAAAUUGGAUGGGCUGACGUAGCCUUCUGCGGUGCAGCUGAUCGCGGCGACGGGGUUGGUGACGGUGCACACUCCUGGGCGUAUGAUGGUUGGAGACAACAACGUUGGCACGGUCGCUCAUCUCAUUGGGGGUCCAAAUGGAAACAGGGCGAUGUCAUAGGUUGCGGUAUCGAUGCAGAUGCUGGCACUAUUAUCUUCAGUCUGAAUGGCAAGAUGCGAUCAGCAAACAUGGGGGUUGCAUUCAGGGCUAUCGAAUUUGCCCGUGGCGUAUACCCGUGUGCAAGUUUUAACCGAAGAGAGCGUCUGCAGUUUAAUCUCGGGGGAAUCCCUUUCAAGUACUCGCCUCCUCCAGGUUUUAAGCCAAUUUUGAACGUGCUAAGCAAUACCAGCGACCUCGGCUCGGUGCCAAAGGGUUUUAACGUAAUUGGAUCCCGUGAAGAUUGCCUAGAAGAGAGUAUGGGCGAUGAGUAUUAUUCGAGUGACACGAGAUACUUCGCUCGAGACAUGCAUCCAUCAAUGCUUCGGACAUCAGGUCACACUCGCAACAGUAAUUUCGCCCUUGGCUCUGGUAUGACCAAGUCAGACGCCCUUGCUGAAAUUAAAGCACUUCCUGAUAAUCGCGUGUAUGUGGAACUUUUAGUCAUCACGCGUUCACUUGCUAUAUUGCAAGCAAGGCGAGCUUUGCUUACUCUACUAGCGAAAUGGCCGACAUCAUCAGUGGGGUCAUUCUCGGUUGCACGAUGUUUAUCUGGCGACAACUUGCAUAACGUUGACUCUGAGAAAAUGGAUAUGGCAAAAUUUGUCGAUUUUGUAAAACUCAUUGCGAGCUUGAGUGCAAUCCACACUUCCAAUGCAUUGCCCGGCACGUCGCAGAUGCAGCCCGACAGCGACGCUCUUCACCUUCUUAAUUGUGGUGCCACCGGCCGUUUUGCGCUAAGUUUACUAUCUGGAGUUGUGCAAUCUGCGUUAAAUAAUGCUUUAUCAUCAAUGGCAUCCAGAAUCGAAGAAAAUCAUCCCGUAGUAGAUUCGAUUACUUCACGAAUAUAUUGGGAGGUUAAAAAGGCAUCUAAUCGCCAGUAUGCUCGAGUUCCAUGGAAUUCAUCGGAGGCGGCCAUAACUACAGUGCUCCUGCAGAUUACAGCUGAAGCAGGCCAGGCGUGGUCUGAUAAGGAAGUACUCAAUCACCCUAACCUCUACCUAGCGGAGUGGCUAAGUACUUUGCUGCUUAAAUCGUUAGAGGCGCACAAGAAUCUGCUCUCAUCACCUUUGCACGAUCAAAUCCGGCAACUAAUGCUUCAAGCUUGGGUAUCAGCAUUGAAAUCUCCCAGCAUAUGCGUUAAGGAACGUGGAGCAACAAUCCUUGGAGGAAUGCUACAAGAUAUUCUACCGAAGUCAUGUGGGAUCACAGAGCCGCACGAUGUUCAGGGUAUUGACGCUGAAACGAAGAUCCGUUUGAAAAAGGCCUUAGAUGCUCUUCCAUUGCGACGCCUUAUAAAUCUUUCAAAAGAACGGAUAUUGCGCGAGUACUCGAAUGCGCCUGUAUGCUCAAAAUAUGUCCAGAGCCUUGUGGAACUUGUUUCUGCCGCUGGUUUAGUGCUCAGUGCUGUGGGACAGUCUACCGAUAAGCUUUUCAAAAGCAGUAUGUCGCUGCGGCUGCAGGCAUGUAAACAAAUUGAGGUCGAUCUGAGGCCAAUCGACGAAAAGGAGUACGAAGAAUUCGAGGCUGCAAAAAAGCUUCAACAGGUGCGAAAAGCCCAACAGGCUGCUGAGGAAGCUGUAAAGCUUAAAAAUCUUUUAGCAGCGCAAGCAGAAACUGCGGAAGCUGAUAUAUUGGACAGAGUUUCAUCCUCUAGUAUGGGUCAAGUGGAUGCCACGGGCAAUGAUAUUGAUCAAGAUGUCCAAAAUGGUACCAAUGUCGCACAAAAUGGUGCUGUAACAAACAUGGAUGUUGACAAUAGUGACACUGAGGAAGCUCCGGCCAUUACACUGUCCGCAAUUGCUAACAUGGCAAACGAAGAUAGCGAUGCUAUGGUAUCCCCUGCUGCCGUUCCGCCGGCAUCGGAAGACCGACUGGAUAUAAAAGGAUUAAGACGUCGAACCAAUCUGCCUGUACCCGAAUUAGUUCAGGACAAUGCUGAUACCAAGUUUGAGUUUCGCCCACCGCUUGAAUACCCCGUCCUCGAUGACUCUAUGCUUGAUCCGCAUGAAGUUGAUGUGCUGGAGGCCGCAAAGCGUGGCAUCAUGGGGGAUGAACCAAGAGGCUGGAAGCAUGGCAAUAGCGUGGGAGUGCUUGCUGAUGCUCAUACGCAGCUCUGGAGUGGUUCUCUGACUCAAUUCAGGCUCCGACAGAAGCCAGAAGAGACCAGUCAAACAGAACUAAAGGUUGGCUGCAAGGUAAUUCGUGGACCUAAUUGGAAGUGGCGCGAUCAAGAUGGUGGCGAAGGAAGUGUAGGGGUUGUAGAGGGCGUCUCCCCUUGGAGUGGCGUCGAUGGUGAAGGAAUGUCGGUGCGCUGGCCAAACGAUUCCUUAUUCACUUAUCGAUGGGGUGCAGAUGGAAAUUACGAUUUAAUACACGUCGAAGUGGACAAGGACGGUAACGUCACUCACCAGUAUCCUACUCAAGUUGCGAAACUGGAAGAUGAGGGAUCAUUCGGAUCAGAACUACAUCUUGGUGUUCUGCUUUAUCUCUUUGUUGACUCCAACGAUUCGAGUCACAAAUUAACUGGCGUGAUAGAAUGGCCUGACUACGGUGCUGCUGCUCGCGUAGUUGGUAUAAGAUAUGCCGACGGCUCUUUCUGUAUUCAGGAAUUGCAGCUAACACGUGGUGACCCCGACAUGGGUUGGAAGUUACGCUUUGGGACGGAGAAAUGGCAGCCUGGGACAAAAUAUACUCUUUUUCCCGUAAGCACGCAAGAUGUUGAUGCAACAUCUACUAAUGCUUCCUCUACAGUCGAUACCCUUCGUGGCGAGUACACACAUACAGGCAUCAAAGACGGAGAGGUAGUCGAGAUCCGGGGCAAGCUUCAAGUAUCGACCAAGUAUCUCUUUACGAUGGACCACCACAAUCACUUUUCUACGCUUGGUAUCUCGUCUGAUGGACUGACAGUCACGUGCCAUAGUGGUGAAUCGAGAAACCUUGCACUUGGAACGGUUGGUUUUACCACAGGCGUUCAUUAUUGGGAGGUCCACGUAGACCAAGCUGAGUUCGGUAGCGUGUUUAUUGGUGUGUGCGAAAAGGCUGGUCCACCCGGUUCUCAGGCUGCGUUAUCAAGCCGAUUAAAUAGGUGGCACGGAUGGGGCUUUGUGAAUUUCCGCGCCACGUACCACAAUAGCACAGAAAGGAUCUACGGUGAUCAUUUUAACGCAAGUGACACUAUCGGCGUUCGACUUGAUAUGGAGCAAGGCAAGCUGUCAUUCUUUAUGGACGGAAUUAAGUUUGGCGAGCAUAUCGUGUCGGAUUUAGGUAUCGCAUUUGAAAACAUAAAAGGCGAGCAAAUCUCACGUACACUGUAUCCGUGCAUCGGUAUGCGAAAGGGCGGCGACCGUGUCACGCUAAAUCAAAAGUGGGUCUCGAUGCCCGGAGUGCCUCCAAGCCAAAUUUUAUCGGACGCUGUCGAUGUCAGCAAGUCAUUGCAUUCUUGGUACGUUUCGGUCCAACAAGAGAAAGGAUCUCUAAAGGCUGAGCCACUGGCUGGUGGACCAUCUCCACCUAGUACCGAUGGAAUCGAGGGGAUGAUGUUCUCGACGCCGACGAGUGUGUCUACUCGAGUAAAGCUGCCAGACACGCUCCUUCGUGAAAGUUGGUCGGAGUGGAAGCGAUGGAGGGAGAAUCACUGGCAACGGUGCAAUGUGCGACCACGAGGAAUUUCCGUAGAUUUUGACACAUCUACAGCCGCUUGCAUCCGUGUCAGCAAUAUUGCCGGCCUUAGUGCUCCAUUUUUAGCUGGUGAUCGUGUGCGCAUGUGCUCGAAGUGUGGACAGGAGCUGAACCAGCCUGAAGAAGCUGUAGUCUUGGGUGUCUACCGCGGAUUCCUGUGGUAUCGUACAGAAACACAGGGGAAUGAGGGUGCUGACGAAGGACGUGCGUGGGCCUGGUAUUGGUCUUCCAAUGAGUUGCCAGAGCUUCUUCUGAUUCGCCGUGCUGAUAAAGAUAUGACGUUGAUGGAGAACAGCGCGACGGAUAUGUCGUACCACGAGAAUUCAUCUGAAUUUAGUCCGUUCAAGCCGCGUUCGGCCCUGGAAGAGCGUGCUAUAACAAACUUUGAUGCCUUUGUCGAACUCGCUACACAAGCUCAUUCAACUUCGUCUGACAUGCAGUUAGUGGAGAGGCUUAAUGCCCACUGUGCAGCUGCUGGGUUGGAUGUGACUAACCUCAAAAUCACAGAUGUGGUAACACCUGCGGAGACGAAAACAAACAUGGACGAUACUUUUGCGGUGCGUGGACGCUCCCGUGCUACUUCACUAGUAAACGAUGACUACUUCACGUCACCAGCCUUGAAAAACAUUACUGGCCCUGAAUUGCGUGCGCGCACAGCGGUUUUACGGGUCUUAAAUAACAAAAUUCUUCGAGUGCUCCCGUUUAUUGCAAUUCAGCCUAACGAUGGGAGUUCUACUCAGCCAAUUGAAGUGGCUCGGAGCAAAACCAAUAGCUCGACCGAGUUUCUUUCAACGAGUCUGAAAUUGCGCUCGUUACGGCGAUUACUUUUUACGAGCACUAAACGUGCGUUUUGGGAUGACGUGUUACGUGCGACGACCACAAGUACUCCGUUACCGUCUGAUGAGUAUGAGGACCCACGUGAGAUUCGAGUUAUCCGUAUUAAUCGCAUUCAGGCACAACCCGCAAAGCUGAGCUUGCUUUCGCAACCUGGUGAUCGCUUGCGUCGCUCGGUGUUUGGACAACUUUACAGAGAAAUGCGUGCUUGGAACGACAGUUUCUUUCGCCGAGCAUAUUGCGGAAAGGGCCAUGGCGGCCAACGUCGUGCAUUUAAGGUUAAAUUUCUGGGUGAAGGUGUAAAUGAUUACGGUGGGCCAUAUCGCGCUGUUUUUGAGCAAAUUGUGGACGAAUUGCAGAUGGACAAUGUCGAACUAGUAAAGGGUGAGCAAGGCCUGCUUCCCUUGCUGAUCCCGUGUCCGAACCGUCGAAGCGCCACCGGCAUCAAUCAGGAUAAAUUUUUGCUAAACCCAUCGAGUGGCACCGCAUUACUUGCGAAUGGACCGAUGGCGCUGGAUUUGCAUCGCUUUCUAGGUAAGCUUAUCGGCACCGCAGUGCGUCAUGGUCUACAGAUGGGACUAGAUUUGCCGUCACUUGUGUGGCGGCCAUUAGCAGGUCUUGAAGUCAGCCGUGCCCACCUGGAGAGCGUUGAUGUGGCUGUGGUCAAUAAUCUGAACCGCAUUGAGGCUCUCGACACUAAUAUGGAGACAGCAGCUCAAGAAGCCGCCGAAUUGCUUGGGUAUCUCACUAUGUCGACAACCUUAAGUGACGGCGUUGAGGUCCCGUUGGUUCCGCUCGGUGAAAAGAUGCCGGUGACGCUAGCAAAUCGCGAACUAUAUGUGCAACUCGUAGAAAAGACACGACUAACCGAAAGCCGCCAACAGCUUGCUGCAUUGAAGGAUGGUUUAGCCUCUGUGCUACCGAUGGAGCUAGCACCCCUGUUCACGCCGCGUGAACUCGAAGUGUUGAUCUGUGGACGCCGUGAAGUAGACGUCGACCUGCUGCACCAAUGCACAGAAUACAGCGAGGGGGCUGAUGAGGCGAUGCCGCACGUGCAACAUUUCUGGGAGGUACUUCGCGAAAUGACAAGUGAAGAAAGAACGUCCUUUUUGCGAUUUGUGUGGGCUCGCAGCCGAAUGCCGAACAGCGCAAAGGACUUUCCAAUGAAUUUCAAACUUCAGACCGCUCAAGAUCCAGGAGCUUCUAGCCAACCAGAUCUGUACCUGCCUCAUGCACAGACAUGUUUCUUUGCUCUACGACUUCCGGCAUAUACAAGCAAGGAAGUGCUGCGGACGAAACUGUUGUACGCUAUUCAGAAUUCGCCCAAUAUGGACGCUGACGUAAGGUUGCAUAAUGCUGAGGGCUGGGCAGACGCUUAA